AAUAAUCUUUAUUAUCUUUACAAAACCAACCAAUCAAAUGUAGUAUAUUAUCAACACUUAGUAGCGAAUAACUGAGCAACACAAAACAUUGAGAGCGCGGAGGCACGGCGUUGUUCAAUUGUUAAGUUUCAACACUAAUAUAUUCACAAUGCUUGCGACGCCACAAAGGUCUGGUCUUCAGACCACAGGUAAAUCCAGCUUCCAAAGCGAGCUCAAGUCGAAGUUACGUGACCGUAGGAAGCGUGGCUUAGGGGCAGGAUUAAGUGACUUCGGUCUCACGGAGGAUGAUGACGAGGAUAACAAAAGUGAUAAUGAUGAUGAUGAUGAUGAUAGCGAUGAUACUCUUGGAAACAGCUCAGAUGAUCUUCUAUCACAAUUCAAAACCACUGCGAAGGUUGGGUCUAAAGGAGGAUGGCAACCACCUUCAGUGCCCUCACGAUCCAUGAAGAAACCCUCUCCUGUACCAUCUCCAAGGAGUGUUGGCAAACUAAGCGACUCAUCCCCAACUCCUUCUCCUCGCUCCAAGUUUGAUCCAAUUGGUUCCAAGAAGACGGCGAAAUCACCAAUAUCAAACAGGUCAUCUGAAUCUCCUGAUCCACUCCUCAGCUUGCUGAAGAAAGAUUCAACAGAGAGAACUAAAUCAACUUCAAGCCCAGUACCUAAGCCAAGACCCAGAAAAAAAACGCUAGACUCAACGGAUGAUGAUUCACCUAGGACACCCAGAGAACGUCCAGGAGUUAAAGGAAGGAAUACCCCUGACAAAGAUGUUAGCAUUAAUCACAGCAAAUCAUCUAUAAAGGGGAGAAAAAGUCCGAACAUUGAUGAGUUAAUCGGGGUGAAACCAAAAUCACGGAGCAACUCGCCAGCUAAAAGCAAGAAGUCAUCCGAUUUAGACCUGCUCUUAGGUAUUAAACCAAAAUCGAGAUCCAACUCUCCUACCGGUAAGAAAUCAAGAUCCAAUUCUCCCACCGGUAAAAAAUCGCGGUCCAAUUCGCCGAUCGGUAAAAAAUUAACCAGUGAGGAUCAAAAACAUCUCAAAAGAUCUCCUACUCCAAGAACUCGGAAAUCAACUCCAAGUACAAAAUCAGAAUCACCGUUUUCGUUUGUGGAGAAAGAAGCAAAAAAGAAAAAAUCAGUUCUUGAUUCUGAUGACAGUGACCAAGAGAAAAAGUUGAAAUCCAAGAAGGAAUCAAACAGAAAGAGAAGUACAAGAUCUUCAGUAUCAAGUGUAAAAUCUUCUAAAGGAUUACUAGACUCCAGCAGUGAUGAGGACAAUAAUACAUUUAAUAGUAAUAAAUCCAAUGAUAAACGGAGAAAGUCUGUGAGCGAUGGCAAAUACCCAAAAAGAGGUUCUCCAUCACCAAAGGAUUCAAAGAAAAAAAGUGUAUUUGAUUCGAGUGACGAUGAUGAUUUUAAUAAUGUAAAACAGAAGAAUAAAAAACAAAAGCAAAAAUCAAGAUCUCCAUCGCCUGGUUCCAGGAGACCAACACCAAAACCAAGAAUUAGGUCAGCUUCAACAAGAGGUCAAUCUUCUUUUGGAAGAAGUAGCGGGAAAGAAAAAUCUGAAGCAGAGACUGAUGAUAACAGCAAGAAAAAGUCAAGAAGAAAAACAAAAUCAAGAAACUCGUCACCAACUACACCAAAGAAAAAAAAGCACACUAAAUCUGAUUCAGAAUUGGAUGAAACAUCACCUUUUAAUUUUCAAACAAAGAAAGGAAAAGGCAAAAAAAAUUUACUUGAUACUUCUGAAUCAUCUUCAUCAGAAGACGAAAAGACAUCGAAAAAGAAGAAAAAACAAACACUGUCGCUACUGGAAGCAUUGGAGGAUUCAGACCAGAAAAAGAAGAAAAAGAAGAAAGUUCUUAGUGACAGUGAUGAAGAAGACCCUAAUGAUCAUUACCCAAAAGGCAGAAGACUAAAGAGUGGUUAUCGCAGUGAUUCAGACAGUGAAAACCAGCCUAAAAAGUUCAGAGACCCUGCUUCAGCGAAUAGACGGGCAAGGUCAGCGUCUGGUUCUAGUGGCAUUGCUAAGCCAAAGGCACAACGAGCACCGACAGGAGCAACACUUAGUUUGAAUUCAAGUCUAAACUCAAGUUUUGGAUCUGGACUAGGAGACUCGCUUAAUGCGAGUGAUGCCACGUCUAUACGACAAGCCAUCUAUGAGGAGUGGAGGAUUAGGAAAGAUGGAGAGACUCAAGCAAGGCUAAAGGAAAAGAAAAAACAAGAGAAUGAGGCAAAGAAGAAAAAAAUGGAGGAUGAAAAAGACAAAAAAUUAGAGGCUCUGUCGACCUACAGAGCCUGGAACGAGAAGAAACAAGAGCAGCUUAAGAAGGAUAAAAAGAAGAAAGAUGCAGAAAUGAAAGAAAAGAGAGAAAAGGAAACUGAAGAAUUGGCAGAAAAGAGGAUCAUGGCUAAAAAGACAUUUGAAGCAUGGAAAGGCACAAAGGAUGAAAUACUGAAAGAAAAGCAGAAAAAGAAACAAAAGAGUGAAAGGGAAGAGCUAGAGUCAACAAUAAAACAGAAAGAAGAUAAACAAAAGGAUGCUUCUAGCGCUUUCAAAAAAUGGAAAUCUCAGAAGGAUGAAAAGAUACAUACACAAAAGAAAUCAAUGAAAAAACAAGAAAAGGACAAACAGAAACAAGAAAUAGACUUGAAAAUCAAAAGAGAAAAAGAAGCGAGCAGUUCAUAUGAAAAAUGGCAGGAAGAACUCGACAGAAGGAAAAAAUCUGAGAAAGAAAGGUUAAAGAAUUCUAAGCCAAUUUCAAGUAUGCCAUUCCGACCAAGCAGUUGUACAGUAUCAACAACACCGCAUUCUUUAAGUUACUAAAACCACCAAUUUCUGACCAAUUAUCUCAAACCGCAAGGAAUAAGCGCUAUAGGAAUACCAAGUAACCCUUCUGAUGAAAUAGUGUUAGAAUUUAGCAAUUAGCGAUACUGGUGACACUUUUGUUAUCUCGUUUAAAUUGACCUUUAGAAUCAUACUUCAUAAAACUAAAAAUGAAUUUGACUUGACGGGUACAGUACCAGUUGCUGGUGGUGCACUCUUUGCCCACAGGCUAGGCAUUCUCUCAUCCAGCAACUGUUCAAUCUGACAAGUCCAGCCUAAAGUGUCUGCAGACAAGAAUGUUAAUAUAAGAGAGCAUUGCUUCAGCAGCCACUGUUGGCUACUUUUCCCAUGAUCCAAUGCAUUCUAGUCCAAGCAUACAGUAUGAUCCCUUCAAGCGUAGUUAGCUUCCGGGCCUGCAGACUAUGUACAACCACCUUAAAAAAUUCUUGAAAAUAUUAACUGCUGGCAAACAGGUUGAUUUUUUGUCUUCUUUUGAAAGUGUUCCAACAGUUGAAGGUCCCAAAAAAUAUGACAGUUUAGUGGUUUUAAAGGAAUAUUUGAUCAAUUUUAGAGUAUACUUGUAUUAAUAUGUAGAAAAUACAUAUAUGAUAGAAAUAGAUUUCUGGGGCAUUAGGCAUGAAUCCUCUGUGUGCUGCACAUUUUACAUUAAAUUUUAUCAGAAUUAUGUUCAGUUCAUUGUGUGUGCCAGAUAACUAAACUAAUAAUUUUAUUAUUUUUAGAAAGUAUGUAAAAUUCAUUAAUCUUUUGUGCAAUAUAUAUUAACGUAGACAUGCCACUGCUUACUUGAUCUGCGUUAUACUUUAGUCGGUUUUAAUUAUUCUUGUUCGAAAUCAAGACCUGUCGAGGAAAUUCAACUCCCAUUUAAAAGCUUCUGUUUAAUCCUGUUUCCAUUUUAUUACUGUACCACAAUUGGUAUGCAUGAUUGACGGCAAUAAAGCCUAGGCUUAGUAAAAAGAAAAAUGCUGUCCAACAGACCUUGAUUUUCAGUUGUAACUGAUACACAAUUUUUUUUUGUGGCUUUAAUACAAGUAUUUUAAAUUGGCUGAUAAAUUUGAACAGGGAAAAUACAAUACUGUAGUCUUGAUAUUUUCUGCAUUAUGGAAAACAUUCAUCUUGAUAAUUAACUUUUUGAAAUAAAAUAUGUCCUAUUGAUUUUGA